AUGUCCUAUGAAUCUCAUAGUUAUCGACAGCCUCAGCGGCCUCGCCAGGACGAUUACUACAAUGGCGAACAAAUUCAGAAACAUGCGCCACCAAGCAUGAGGGGAGCUCCUCAACAGGGCCGUGGAAUGCCGCGGUUUGCUAGUCAGCCAGCCGGUAUGGGUGCUGGCUAUAGAAGUGAGGGAGUGGAUGAGGGUGGAAGAGAUACUGGAGCACAUACUCAAAAACCUCGACGCUCCCCAAGGAAUGCUGAUAGUGCGUUUCCGACAUUUCCAAACUCAACUAAGCGAGCGAUACCUGUACCACCUGGGUCUCUGCCUAUUGAUGAUUCUAUGCUGCUCAUGAAUCUUGAAGACAACGCCAGGAGUAAACCUAUGCCUAGACAGCGGGGCCCUCCAGGUCCUCAUGGGCAUAUUCCAAGAGCACAGACCAUGGAGCCUGAAAGGAUGCGGGGCAGGCCCCCACCAGCUAACUUUGCGCGGGGUGGAGGACAAGCCGGACAAGCUCCUCAUGAAGAACUAAGACUACAGGGCCAGCGGGAGCCGCCUCCACAUCAGAGGCUUCCACCUCCACGAGGAAACAUGCCCGGGGCUGGGCCUAACGGGCGUGGUUUCCCACCUGGUCCUGGCAGACCACCUGUUCGACAAAACACUAUGGGAGGCUAUGGUCAAGGCCAAAAUUUUCAGCACCAGAACCAAAGAUAUAUGGAUGAUCGUGGCCAUCCACAAUCUGAUCAGGGAUAUGGUAGACUUGACCCAGGAUUUGGCCCACCGAAGAGAAGCGUGACGGCGCCCAUUAACCCACAAUAUCAAAAUCAAGGUCAAUAUCAAGCUCCGGAGGAUUAUUCUCAACAUGAUUAUCAGCAGCAGCAACAACAACAAUAUGAACAGUCACCGCCACUGGCAGCAAAACCGCAGCAGCAAUAUACUGCUUAUAAUCCUGCACAGCAUGGGAGUAUUAACCCCCCUUCAGCUCCUCGAGUGGCAGCAUAUUCGCAUCUCCAGCCGCCAAUACAAGAAGAAGGAUACAACAGAGAGAGCGUGGGUGCUCUGUUAGACUCAUACUACUAUUCUGAGCAAAGUGAUGAGUAUCAAGAAGGUGGGACAAUGGAUUAUUAUGGGGAUCAAUCCGGAUAUUCGAUAGAUCCCUAUCAAAACGGCCAGAGCAACUAUACACAUAACCCUAGUUUUUCCCAACAGGCUCACCGGACUAGAUCACAACCUGAUUUGCGUGGCCAGACGCGCGGGGGACCAGCUCCGCCAAUGCCCACGAAUGCUUAUGCAAAUGGAAACCACUAUCAGCACGGAGAACAGUACGACGGGGCUCACGAAAUGCCUGUGGAGAUGCAAGCAGAUAUCCCAUCGGAAAUGCCAGGGGACUUCCCCCCAGAAAAGCCUGUCGCAAUGACCGCAAACGGGUUCCCACCAGCUCCUCCACAAUCUAACAUACCGAUGAUUUUGCGAGUUGGAUCCCCCGUACCUACUCAACAGCAGCAAAUACAGCCUUUCCCGCCACCACAGCAGCAAAACGCAUUUCCACCACGGACAGCGUCAAUGAAGUCUAAUCCUACCCCAGUAUCCGAUGAUGCACUCCCGUACCAUCCGUCUCCAACGUCUACCCGGUUCUCAUCAGAUGUUCCAAGAUUUUCGUCAGAGGGGCCACGGUUCUCGUCGGAGGCCCCGCGGUUCUCGUCGGACGCUCCACGGUUCUCAUCGGAUUCUACGAGACCUUCACACCCUGACAAUUUACCAGCUCACCCGGUCCCAGUUCGACCAGGACUUCUUCAGCAGCAGGAUAAAUCGUCUCUUCCAGGCCAUCCUCCACCGAGACGACAGUACUCACCCGAGGGUAAUGGUGCCAAGGGUCGAAGAGGAUCUGCGCCAGCGCCUAUCACUCAAUUUGACUUGAAUCAGGCCCAACAGUCCGCAAGGGCAAACCCUGGUGAUCAAAAGCUGCAGCUGCAGCUUGCGAAAAAGAUGGUCGAGGCCGCAUCUGUAUUGGCGGAUGAAGGUGGAAGAGCAGAUGCAAAGACGACAAGGAAGAAUAGGGAGAACUUCAUUUUUGAUGCUCAUAAAAUUAUCAAAAAGCUUGCAAAUUCGAGUCAUCCUUAUCCUGAUGCGAUGUUUUAUCUUGCAGAAUGUUAUUGGGAAGGGAUGUUGGGGUUGCAAAUUGAUCGCGAAAGAGCAUUCAAUCUUUAUCAAUCUGCAGCUAAGCUUAACCAUGGUCCCUCUGCUUACAGGACUGCAGUAUGCUGCGAGCUUGGAGCCGGAACAAAAAAGGAUCCCCUGAAGUCAAUUACAUGGUAUAAGAAAGCGUCUGCGCUCGGAGAUACCGCAGCCAUGUACAAGCUCGGAAUGAUCAUGCUGAAAGGACUUCUCGGCCAGACCCGAAAUGGGCGUGAAGCAAUUAACUGGCUUAAGAGAGCAGCGGACCAGGCCGAUGAGAAUAACCCCCAUGCGUUGCACCAGCUGGCAUUGAUCUACGAGGAGGCUGAUCCUAGCGAUUUUGUCAUCCCUGAUCAAAAUUACUCUCGCGAGCUGUUCAUGAAGGCUGCUGAACUUGGGUACCCACCUUCGCAAUUUAGGAUGGGAUGUGCUUUCGAGUACGGGGCUAUGGGCUGCCCCAUCGAUCCCAUGCAGAGUAUUGCGUGGUAUAGCCGUGCGGCAAUGCAGGGCGAGGAGGAGAGUGCGAUGGCAUUGAGUGGGUGGUACUUGACUGGCGCAGAGGGUGUCAUCCAACAGAGUGAUACCGAAGCCUAUUUAUGGGCUAGAAAGGCUGCAGAACGGGGCUUGGCGAAUGCUGAGUAUGCAUUGGGAUACUUCACUGAGGUUGGGAUCGGUGUCUCGGAGAACUUGGAUGAAGCCAAGAGGUGGUACUUCAAAGCUGCUAGUCAAAAUCACGAGAAGGCAAAGCAGAGACUCCAAGAGCUCAAAAAGGGUGGCGCUGCUGUCCAGAAGUCUCGCGAAAGGCUAUCCAGGUCAAAUGUGAAGCACAAAGACGAUGGUGAAUGCAUCAUCAUGUAA